AUGAAAGAUAUCGACAUGUUGUACCGAGAGCUCUCAGCUCAAAUAGAGGAGAAGCCGAGCCUAGAAGACGCGCAGUUGAGCAGGAAAGCAAGAUAUUUUCAGAGGAGAUCGAACCGCCCGGAUUCUGAAUCGAACUCGAAAAAGAAGCCCAGAUACCGUUCCAGCACGGUUUCUGAAUCAUCAGACGACGAGAUGCCGACGCCGAAGCCGAAAAUUCGACGAGAAACGAAGGAGCCCGAUCGGAAAAUCGUUCGAAUUGUUCUAAGUGACGAUGACGAUGAGAAGCCGUGCUCAAGUCAAAGCGAUUCAGAUGACGACAUCGAAUUCUUAGAAGAAAUCAGACCGGUCGAAAAGUAUACCAUAAAAUUCCGAUCCGAUCCACUCGCCGGUCGUCUCCCAAAAUGGUACCACAAAAGAAAGGCUCAAAGAGCAGCCGAAGAUUUGAUAAUAGCGGAAAAACGGGCGGUACGAAGGAAGUUGGAGGCAGAAGAGGCGGAAAAAGAGGCGGAGCUUGAAAGGAAAGCGGAAGAAGAAGAGAGAAUCGAGAGAAGACGUCUCAGAGAUCGACUGAGACAUCAGAAGAAACGAGAAGAGGCGAAGAGGGAGAGAGAGGCUUCUGAAGGUGUCACGACGUCUUCUGAAAAGAAGAGAAUAGUGAAGAAAACGUCGGAGGAAUCGGAAGAACCGACUCGAAAGCUGCGGAAGAGAGCGCCGAAAUAUCAGAUAACUGAUCCAUCUCUGGACCCAUCGAAGAUCUCACUGGAUGCACCAGACAAGAUUCCAUGGGCGAACAAUGUGAAGAGAUGUGAAGGUAACGAUUCUCCUCCGCCGCUCCCCUCCACGACUAUGACAACUCCAUGCCCUUCACUCCCGACGUCACCGAAUUCUGAAGAAAAUGCUCAGAAUCUUCUGAAUGAUUUAGAUGAAAUGGAGAAUGUCGGCGUCAAUACUGAGCUCAUUUUGGUGGAUCAGACUCCGCCCCCAAACAACCCAUUCGACGACAUCAACGAGCCGUUGUUCUUCGAAGAAGACGGAGACUUGAUCCAUAUUCCAGACGAGGAAAUCACCGAUACGUUCUUAUCGUUCAUGAACGACGAUCAGGUUGCAGUCGAAGAACUUGAUAAAUACAUUCUGCCAAAUGUAGAAAUUGACUAG